CGCGGUCAGCUGACUCUGUGGCUCUCCGGCCCCCGCGCUUCCUCCUACGGGCACUAUUGGCAGUCACUUGGGGCCGGGGCCGGGGCCGAGGCCGGGUAGACCCAGCAGACAGCAGGCAAGCGGCCAUGGAACGCCCGCUGUGGAUGCUGUGCACGCUGCUGCUGCUGGCGCUGGGUACGCAAGCCCCCACGGCCUUGGCUGGGGGCGAUCCGCCGCUGUGGCCCUUGCCAGUGUCAGUGCAGGUGUCCCCGAGCGCGCUACACCUCGACCCCGGGAACUUCUACAUUCGCCACGGUCCCAACUCCACGGCGGGCCCCUCCUGCUCCCUACUGCAGGAGGCCUUUCGGCGAUAUUAUGAAUAUAUUUUUGGUUUCCACAAGUGGCACCAUCACCCUGCUAAAUUUCAGGAUGGAACACAAUUACAGCAACUUCUGGUUUCUAUUGUCCUUGAGUCGGAGUGUAAUGCCUUCCCCAGCCUGGAUUCUGAUGAAUCUUAUUCCUUAAUUGUGAAAGAACCACUGGCUUUGCUCAAGGCCAACAAAGUUUGGGGAGCAUUACGAGGUUUAGAGACCUUUAGCCAGUUAGUUUAUCAAGAUUCUUAUGGGACUUUCACCAUCAAUGAGUCCACCAUCACUGACUACCCAAGGUUUCCUCAUAGAGGAAUUUUGAUUGAUACAUCCAGGCACUACCUGCCAGUGAAGACUAUUUUAAGAACUCUGGAUGCCAUGGCUUUUAAUAAGUUUAAUGUUCUCCACUGGCACAUAGUUGACGAUCAGUCUUUCCCUUAUCAGAGCGUCACUUUCCCUCAGUUAAGCGAUAAAGGAAGCUAUUCUUUUUCUCAUGUCUAUACACCGAAUGAUGUACGUAUGGUGAUUGAAUAUGCCCGAAUGCGAGGGAUUCGAGUCAUACCAGAAUUUGAUACUCCUGGACAUACACAGUCUUGGGGCAAAGGUCAGAAAGACCUCCUGACUCCAUGUCUCAAGGACCCGACCCAGCAAAAUAGUUUUGGGCCUAUAAACCCUAUUCUGAAUACAACUUACAGCUUCCUUACUAAAUUUUUCAAAGAAAUCAGUAAGGUGUUUCCAGAUAAAUACGUUCAUCUGGGAGGAGAUGAAGUGGAAUACUGGUGUUGGGCAUCAAACCCAGACAUCGAAAAGUUCAUGAAGGAAAAAGGGUUUGGCAAAGAUUUUAAACAGCUAGAAUGUUUUUAUACCCACAAGCUUUUGGAUAUUAUUGCAAGCACAAAUAAGAGCUCUAUUGUUUGGCAAGAGGUUUUUGAUAUUGGAGCUAAGCUUCAACCAGGCACAGUAGUUCAAGUGUGGAAAGAAGAUAUGUACAAUAAAGAAUUAAGUCAAAUCAUAGCUGCUGGCUUCCCUGUAAUCCUUUCUGCUCCUUGGUACUUAGAUGUGAUUAGUUAUGGACAAGACUGGAGAACAUACUAUCAAGUGGAACCUCUUAACUUUCCUGCUUCUUCGCAACAGAAAAACCUGUUAAUUGGUGGAGAAGCUUGCCUAUGGGGAGAGUAUGUGGAUGCAACCAACCUUACUCCAAGAUUAUGGCCUCGGGCAAGUGCUGUUGGUGAAAGACUCUGGAGUCAAAAAACUGUCAGAAGUAUGAAUGGGGCCUAUGACAGACUAACAAGGCACCGCUGCAGAAUGGUCAGACGUGGAAUAGCUGCAGAACCUCUUUUUACUGGAUAUUGUGAGAAUGAGAACAAAAUCUAACAGUGGGCGGAAAAGGCCUCAGCAAUCUGUACCACAAUCAACUGAUUUGGAAAUCAUGUGAAUCAAAUUUGCUACAUUGUUCUUGAAAUAAAGUAUAUCAUUUUAUUGAUUAUAAUAUAAAAUAAGACACAGGUUCACAUAAAAGACUGGUAUCUUUCUUGUGAGAGAAGCUUAAAAAACAAAAAUAAGACCUAUCUGCUACUACUCAAUAUAUCACAAAGGGUUGAGUCUCUACUAUUAACAAUUCUAACUUCAUAGAUGAACAUCACCACGGAGAAACAUUUACUAUAAAUAUCGAAGUGCACAUGUCAUUGUAUAAAUUAUCAUGAACAGCUCCAGUGCCAUUACCAGUUUUCCUGUUACAUCUGCUGAAACAGUAAUUGAUUUGUCCAAAAAAAAUUGUUCCUUCUGAAAAUGAGGACAGCAGGGAGAUGCUCCUGAUUUUCUCUUAAUUUCCAAUGGGCUAAAACACUUUGGUUGAACCACUUCUCUGGUUGAGCAGUGUACGCUGAUCUUGAGGAUUCAUGGCUUGGUAAGUAGAUAAUUCUAAGGCAAAAGUAGCUGAGCCUGAUGUUAGUGUUCGAAGCACAGUUGAGUAACCCUAAUCAAAGUGAUUUAAAUUGGUUAUUAAAUUUAAGCCUUCAAUUUUCUA